CUAAACUAUCUUAUACAAUAUCGAUCAGGACGUAGAAGAUGGCAACGAAACCAGUUAAACAAGUAGAUGAAGAAGCGGAGGCACGAGUGGAAAUAUGGAACUAUGUCUUUGGUUUCACUCCGAUGGCAGUAAUGAAAUGCGCCAUUGAACUCGGAAUAGCCGAUGUCCUUGAAAGCCAUGGCGGACCCAUGUCACUUUCUCAGCUAUCUGCUGCUCUUGGCUGCUCAUCUUCUGUCCUUCACCGCAUAAUGAGGUAUUUGACCCACCGUCGAAUUUUUAAGCGGAUGUCCACAAGCCAAGAAUCAGAAAUUAGCUACGUCCAGACGCCGCUUUCCCGUUUGCUCAUAAGCAAUGGAGGGAACAGCAUGGCUGCUUUUGUUCUGAUGGAAAGCAGCCCAGUGAUGCUUGCUCCCUGGCAUAAACUGAGUGCAAGCGCUCUAAUGAAGGGCACUUCAGCAUUUGAGGCUGCACAUGGUGACCAUGUAUGGAAGUAUGCAGCAGAAAAUCCUGGGCAUAGCAAGCUAUUUAAUGAUGGAAUGGCCUGCCAUGCUAGGCUGGCCAUGUCAACAAUUGUCGAUCAAUAUCCUGAGGCAUUUAAGGGGAUAAUGUCAUUGGUGAAUGUUGGUGGUGGAGACGGGACUGCUCUUCACGUUUUAGUGAAGGCAUGUCCUUGGAUUCGUGGGAUUAACUUGGAUCUCCCUCAUGUUGUAUCUGUGGCCCCAAAAUGCCAUGGUAUUGAGCAUGUCGGUGGCGACAUGUUUGAAUUGGUUCCAAAGGCGGAUGCUGCUUUCCUCAUGUGGGUGCUGCAUGAUUGGAGUGAUGAUGAGUGUAUCGACAUAUUAAGAAAGUGUCGAGAAGCUAUUCCAGAGGACAGAGGGAAAGUGAUAAUCGCAGAAGCAGUGAUUGACGAUGAAUUAGGAGAAGAUGAGGACAAAUAUAGAGAUGUUCGUUUGGCAUUGGACAUGGUCAUUCUGACUCACACACAGAGAGGAAAAGAGAGGAGCAUGAGAGAAUGGGAGUAUGUAGUGAAUGGAGCUGGGUUCACAAGGUUCACAGUGAAACCUAUUGAAGACAUUAUAUCAGUUAUUGAAGCGUAUCCAUGACUCAAAUUACACUGCCCAUUAAUGCAUGCACUGCCAUCCUUAUAAUAUAUGUAUCGUCUUGUCAAAUAAUAUGUCUUGUACUUGAAUAUUCUUUAACGAAUAAGCUGUGUGUGCCAUUCCAUAUUUAUGAGGAACACUACUUGUAUUUGUCUAAGUUGUGGAAAUAAUAGAAAUGAAUAAUAUAUAUUA